CCGGGAGCCGAGGCAGCGCCAUGAGCGAGAAAUGCGACGUGAUCGUUGUGGGGGGCGGCAUCUCCGGUCUGUCAGCAGCCAAAUUGCUGACUGAGUCAGGUCUGAGUGUUGUGGUGUUGGAAGCCCGUGACAGAGUUGGAGGAAGAACUUUCACUGCAAGGAAUAAGCAAGUCCAGUAUGUGGACCUUGGAGGAGCAUACGUGGGGCCAACACAAAAUCGCAUCCUGCGGUUGUCUAAGGAGCUAGGAAUAGAGACGUAUAAAGUGAAUGAAGUAGAACAUCUUAUUCACCAUGUCAAGGGUAAAAGUUAUCCCUUUAAGGGUGCAUUUCCUACCAUGUGGAACCCUUUUGUCAUCUUAGAUUUCAACAAUCUGUGGAGGACAAUGGAUGAAAUGGGAAAGGAGAUUCCUAAUGAAGCCCCAUGGAAGGCACCACAUGCAGAAGAAUGGGACAAAAUGUCUAUGCAAGAUUUCAUAGACAAAGUUUGUUGGACAAAUGCUAGCAAGAGGUUUGCAACGCUGUUUGUGAAUGUGGAUGUCACCUCUGAGCCUCAUGAGGUCUCUGCUCUCUGGUUCCUGUGGUACGUGAAGCAGUGUGGGGGGACAGGCAGGAUUUUCUCCACCACCAAUGGUGGGCAGGAGAGGAAGUUUGUUGGAGGCUCUGGUCAGAUUAGUGAGAAGCUAAUGGAACGCUUGGGAGGCCGAGUGAAGCUAGAGAAACCUGUAGUCUGCAUUGAUCAGUCAGGUGAAGAUGUCAUUGUGAAGACCUUAGACCAUGAAUUAUACGAGGCCAAGUAUGUUAUUAGUGCCAUUCCCCCAGUUCUUGAUUUGAAGAUUCAUUUCAACCCACCAUUACCACCAAUGAGAAACCAGCUGAUCAGCCGGGUUCCCAUGGGCUCAGUCAUCAAGUGCAUGAUGUACUACAAAGAACCUUUCUGGAGGAAACAGGACUACUGUGGUACCAUGCUCAUUGAAGAUGAGGAAGCUGUGAUUGGAAUGACACUUGAUGAUACCAAACCCAAUUGCAGUGUUCCUGCCAUAAUGGGUUUUAUUCUCGCUCGAAAGUGUAGAAGACUGACACAUCUCACAAAGGAAGAAAGGAAGAGGAGGAUCUGUGAGCUCUAUGCAAAGGUUUUGGGAUCAGAGGAAGCCUUACAUCCAGUGCAUUAUGAAGAGAAAAACUGGUGUGAGGAGCAGUAUUCUGGCGGAUGCUACACAGCUUACUUCCCACCAGGGAUAAUGACGCAGUUCGGAAGGAUCAUUCGCCAGCCAGUUGGUAGGAUCUACUUUGCUGGCACAGAGACGGCUACAGAAUGGAGCGGGUACAUGGAGGGGGCUGUGCAGGCUGGAGAGAGAGCAGCUAGAGAGGUACUGUGUUCUAUGGGGAAAAUCGCAGAAGGUGAAAUUUGGAAGUCAGAACCUGAAUCAGUUGAUGUCCCAGCCCGGCCAAUCACUACUACUUUUUGGGAGAGAAACUUGCCAUCUAUGCCAGGACUGCUGAGGCUGGUUGGAUUUUCCACUUUCUUCACUUCAGUGGCUGCUGUUGGGCUGUUUGCCUACAAAAAGGGGCUGCUAGUUCGAAACUGAGAAUGGUGCCAGCACAAAGCUGUGUACUUGCUGUGUUCUUUGUCCAAAGUUUAUUUUUUGACGUGCACUUAUCUGUCUUCAAAAGCAGAUCAGGACUGGUAAGGAGAGUCGGGGGAAGUAGAGAUGCAACUUCAGAGUGAGGAUGAGUGAAGGGGUUCAAAUAAAGUGAGGACCCCUUGAACAAUGACCUAUUUUUUAGCACCAUCAUUUGAGGUUCUGAGACAGUGGUGGGCAACGUGUGACACGCGGCCCAUCUGGGUAAUCCGCUGGUGGGCCGCCAGAUAGUUUGUUUACAUUUGCACGGCUGUCCACAGCUCCCAGUGGCUGCAGUUCACCAUUCCCGGCCAAUGGGAGCAGUGGGAAGCGGUGGCCAGUACGUCCCUGCGGCCCGCGCCACUUCCUGCAGCUCCCAUUGGUCGGGAACGGCGAACCGCGGCCACUGGAGCUGUGGGUGGCUGUGCAAAUGUAAACAAACUGUCUGGCAGCCCACCAGCAGAUUACCCUGAUGGGCCACGUGUGGCCCACAGUCUGCAGGUUGCCCACCACUAUUCUGAGAUGUUCCACUAUAUGGAACUUUGAGUUUCUAUUCAGGUCUGCAAAUGAAAAUGCCAAGAUACCAUGAGAAGGCUGUUCUUAUAUUUUCAGCCUUUUGUACACUUGUAUCUGACCCAACCUGAACUCUGAACAUUUAAAGGCAUGCCCAUCCCUAGUUAUAGGUGGAGUAUUGCCACACUCAUGUUCCAGAGAUCUAAAAGACUUCAGUUGUAGCUUAAAAUAACUUUUGAAUAAAUGCAAAUUGCAGGUGAGGGUCUUUUAAUGUAUUUUUUCCCAAAAAGCCUUGAGCCCAAACAGCACUUACAAAAAAAAAUGUAAGGCUAAAUUUUGAAAUUGUUGUUCCAAACUAUGCAAGUGCUCAUGAGUUUGUCAAGAUAUAAUUUCUCACUUUAAGUUUUCAAUCGCAUGUUAUGGACUAUGGACCCAGUGGCACAAAAGAGGCUAUAAAGCUGGCUUAAGUGGCCUCCUGAGGAUUCUCCCAGUCUAGCGGCUCUACAGCACUCCUAUCCUAUCUGGAUUCCAUGGGGCUGCUAUAGGUAGGGCCAGGGGUCAAAUUAACCCUCCUGUUCACCCCACAGAGCCAUAAAGUAACUUUUACAGUACUUACUUUUCUUCACCCUUGUCUCAAUUCAGAGAGAGAACUCUCUCUCACCUUAUGUUUGUAGAGUACAGUGGGCUCUAGAUCUCAGUUGGAGCCUACAGGCACUGCCGUAAUAAGUAAUAACUUUGUCCAGUGUUGAACACAGCUUAUCUGGGCCAGAGAAUCUGAGCUAAUGUCUACACAUUUUUCCAACAAUUAGUCCUUGAAAUAUAAAUGGAAAUCUCUAAAGAACAUUUCCAUUUGUAUUUCUUGGAAUUUAUGUUGUGUUGAGGGGUGCACCUGGAAUUGCGAGGGUGAUUUCUCUUAUGUUCUUCUGCUCUACAAAAAUAAAAAAAAUUCCCUGCUCAGCUUUGCUUCUUGAUUCAUAUCACUCUAAAUUGGACUCUUCUAUAUACACAGCUAAUAGAGUUUUCUCCAUCACACCUAUAGUCAUCCGAGAUGUGACCUGCCUCCCAGUCCUCUCUAUUUCACUUAGGAGGAAGGAUUAUUGCGGUUAUGCUCUUUCUAAUAUAAUUUCCAGAAGAAAGGAAUCUUACUACUUUACCUUGAUAUCCUCAGACUUCAUUAUUUUUUGUAAAAAAGCAAGACAAGGCAAGAAAAGAGCUUGAAAAUCCUUCCAAAACACUAUAAAGCUCUGUAUUAGUGAAAAGUACCCAAUCUUUGUAUGUACCAAAGGCCCAGGACAAUGGAAUUCAGUGUGAAUGACAGCAGCAUGGUUUCCAGGGCUAUAUCAUCAUCAUCUUCUCCCUCAGUUCUUUUCUGGAUUGUAAUUGCUUCCUAGGAGAAGUAGUUUCUACUUCCUGAGAGUGAGAGCAGCCAAACUGUGCUUGUGGCACCUUAGAGACUAACAAAUUUAUUAGAGCAUAAGCUUUCGUGAGCUACAGCUCACGAAUACAAACUAACAUGGCUGCUACUCUGAAACUGUGCUUGUUAGUCACCAUUCUUUGAUGAGAUCUUGUCUUAAGCUUUCGGGUCUUUGAUUCCCUGAGUUUCAGCCUGCUAGCAAAAUGGAGUGCAAUUUUUUUUCCAGCACAUCUCUAGUCAGAUCUAGUUUUCACCUUCUGUGUACUUUUGAAAACUAUAUUAUUAAGAAACGUACAAUCCUGUAGUGGGAGUUUUGGAAAUCCUAUGAGCAAAUUCUCUGCUGGUGUAAACGGACACAGCACUACUGACACAAUUGAAACAUUGAGCUACCAACAUUACAAUAUUUUCAAUUGUCCUUUUCUAUUCAACCUUCAGUCAAAGGUUUUCUGGCAUUACAUUAAUUAAUAUGAAGCUAUUAUUCCAUGCUACAUUGAAUGCCAUUCUAACUACGCUCCAUAAAAUCUUCUCUUGAUGACAUUUCACACUGCUUGGCUCACAGUUUUAUGAGGAGAAGGUGUGAAUGAUUAAGCACAAGAUCAUUGCUUGCCCUACAUGCUUGCACAAGGGAAUGAGGGGGCAUAAAAUGUCUUGCACGGCUACCUGCAUCGUAGCUCUCAGUGCAGAAAGGAGAGCAGCCUCUAAGGAGUCACUCCUCCUCCUCCCGCUCAGGUGUGCAGAAUGGGGAUGGGAAAGGUGGAGCCUUGACUAAGCCCUACAGCAAAUCAGUCAGCAUAGCUGAGGCAACAUAAAGAGAGGGGAGUAAUCUGUGUGUGGUAAAGGACUGGGGCACUUCCCACUGGUGUAAGGGAGAGCAGGGGCCUGAACUGUGACUUUCAACGUCUGCUCCUGGGUCAGUGCAGCUACCCACUGCCCCUUGCGCAGGGUAGACUGCUAAGCAACUAUCUAGUUCUGUGGUAUCAGCUCCAAAUUCAUAUGUCUGGUGGGAGACUUCAUGAUCUAAAAAGUCAAGAUUUUGUAGAAUCUUUAAAACAACCCCCCUGAAAUCAAGAUUAGGAGGACAGCUCAUCAGCAGGGUGUUAACUGUAAAAGGAUCAAUUGCUAAACUAUGCAAAAUGCAAUAAGCACUUCCACAUCCGUAGUUAGAAAUGCAGUACAAGUCCGACUGACGUUCCCAAGCUCUUAGUAACUAUUCAGGGGGUUGAAUCAUGAAGAGAUCAAGUGGAGCCCUGGAAAGUUUAAGCAUGUACCGGUGCUUCUGUCCUCCCUGCACUGGGGCCUUUGAAACAAUGUACACAAGAAUAAAAAAAAUUAGCUGUCUGCUAUAUGCAGAGUGUCACAGUAUGGGUCAGCUGCACCUGUGUUUCCUCUUACUGGUUCAGUAAGUCUACCCACUCUUAGACAAUGGCUAGGGGGAAGGAAGCUGUGUCUCUCUCCCUCCUAACUGGGGUAUUUCCAGGUUGAACUGUUCCCUGCCUCCACUGAUAUUCCCAGCAAAAGGCAGUCUGCCCAAAUAGGUCUGCUUGCUUUCUCUUCAGAGACUAAUAAUAGAGUGAUUGCCAACAACUAUAAGUAACUACACAGAACGUCCUAUGCAAGCCUCUUUUACUCUUAAGGUAAAAGCACUUCAGAAAAAACACAUUAAAACAAUACAAAUCUCCCUGCAUGCUAUAUGAUCUUACCAGAGAUCCCCUCCUUCAGUUGUCUCCAGCAUGCUUUCUGGCAAGUAAGUCCUUCAAAUCCAUCAAAGGAGUCUCUUCUGUGGGCACAAAUUCACAACAGCCUCAGUUCAGAACUAGCACACUCAUGAAAAGUUUAGUCCCUCCUUUAUGCAGGUUGAAGGUCUUUGAACUGGAGUUUUCAGAAGCAGGUAAUCAGUAUACAAUUUGUUUCUCUCCCCAAGGCAUAGUUUCGAAAGGAUGGAUUUGAAGUGGGUCAUUUGCAUUGCCCUCGCCCCCCAAGUAUUUCCUAGGAAAUCCUCUUCACACGUAUUGUACCCAAAAUCCUUUGAAGUUCUUCCUGAUAUCUCCAAGAGAUUAUAUUAAUCCCGUUUUCCUGCUAAAGGAGUUCCAUACAACUCACAAUAGUACACAAACAUUUUCAUUUUUAAUAGAAUGAACUCCAGAAGUGUUGAAUUUAAUUCAAUAGGGUUUAGCUUAAUUCAGUUAAAUUUGUCCAGGACAUUUCUAUAAGUUUCACACAGAGUACAUUGCACCAAAUUCUUCUCUCCUUCUACACCGGGGCAACCUCAAUAGAAAGUUGUAGGUGUAAUUGAGAGCACAAUUUAGUCCAGGGCAUAUAGAAUUCUAAGAGAUCUAAACUGGUCAGCCAGCUGGAACUAUUUUGAGCCUAUUUGCACUUUUUGCUCCAGUUGAUGAUGUUUUAAACUAACUGCAAUUGCACUGCAGGAAAACAUGGAGUGAGGCAAGAAAACAGUGAUCCCAAUCAGCAGCUGGGGCAUACAUAAGGCAGAGAAAUUGUAUAGUCAGCUUCAUGUAGAUCUUCAAGGCCAGAGUCUGAUGCUGCGGGCUCAUGCUUAGUAGUACUUUAUUCUGCUCAUGGUCCCAUUGAAUUACUCAUGGAAUUGUUGUCAUUGUGAAUAAGGGUAUCAGAAUCUGGCUCUUAGAUUUCAUUCUGUGUCUUUGAAUUGGAUGCACCAGACAGUAAGCCUCUUGUGAUAAAAUCCAAGCUGCUGCUACAAGUGUGUGUUCUCACAUCCGCCUUUAAACUAAAUAGAAGAAUUCUUCAGAUGUCAAGAUCUUGAAGACAGAGGAACGGGGUACAGUGUAGUAGAUGUGACCUUUCUCACCUUGUCAUACAGAGAAGCAGUUGGACAGGGUACUUCUAAGACCUAUUCUUGUUGUUUGAUUUGUAAUCUAACCCAUGACUCCCCUUCUUUGACCACUUCAUGUCUCUGGGAAUUGAUGGGGGUGUCAUCUACCAAAAUGAAAUGAUGUUGAUUGGCCUUUGGCUUGAUAGCUUUUUCUGGCUCCUCCUGCUUUAGUUUCUAAUCUGCUUUACCUGGGCACCCUGGCCUGGUUUUUCUUUCUUGACAGUCAGACUCCCUGGAAAGCACAGCAGAGAGCAAGACUGUUUUUUUUCUUCUUGGCUUUUAACAGCUAUUUAGUCACAAGUCCAUGCUGGCACCCAGUGACCUUUCAAUACCUCUUAUGCAUUUACUCAUAUCACAGUCUCUCUCUUUCUCCCCACCCUAAAGUUGGCAGUCCUCUCAGGCUCACAGGCAGCUCACUGGAAGAUUUUUUUCCCUAAAAAGGACAGGACUGUAAGAGGAGCUGAGCAAUGUGAAUCUUGCAGACACAGCAAGCAGAAGAGAAAAUUACAUCAAUGAGAGCAGUUUGCUGUAAAUAGCUUCUCUUCAGUGUUAUACAAUCUGAAUGAGGCUAAACCCAGUUGUACUUUUACUAAACUUUUUAGUAACUGAUGGCUUAGAUUUGUUUUUCCAAAGGGAGUAGUGGGAUGCUCAGCACUUGUGAAAAUUAGACCUCUUAUGUAGGGGCCUAAAUACAGACAGACAAGCUUUACUUUAGGCACCCAGUUUUAAAAAUCUUGGCCUGAUACUUACAAGUUUGACAGUGAAAACAUAUUUAACACACAAUGUACUGCUACAUUUCUGGAAUAAUAAUAACAGUGCCCCAUUCUUUCCAUCAGUAGAUCUCAAAGUGCUUUACAAAGGUCAGUCUCAGUAGGGCUGAAUGAUUUUGUUGACCAAGAUGUUUGGGGUAUGAGUGUUGGUGCUGUCCUAGAAACAUUUGGAAGGCCUGGAUAGGGGAACUACUAGUGAGGCUUGUAAAGGCAAAUAGUUUUUCUUCAUGUCCAAAAGUUAUCCAGUUUUUUCUCAUGUGCCGGCUAGAAAUUUUCCAGUCAAACCAGCAUGUGUUGUGUGUCUCAUAGAAACAUAGCAGUCAAUUGAGGGAGAACUGAUUUGGAUAAAAUUAGAACUGGUCUGAACCAUCACCAACACUUCAACCCAGUUCUGACUUUUCCUGAGCGUGAUUAACUUUUUAUAAAGAAUUAUUUUUCACUGCUCUUAAAUUCUUGGUUUCAGUGGUGAGUAGAAAUUGAAAUACUAGAAGAAAGGCAACUCUCCUGAUCCUUCUGGCCCAAUCAGAAAUGGGAGGCACUUGAUAUCUCAUGAUAAAAUUGGAUCCCAUGAGAUUUCCUGCCCCAUUUUGCAGACUUAUGGUGUCUGCAAAAAAAAAAAAAAACCACUCAAAAACUUCGUGUUUAUACAAGAAAUGUUUGUAUAAACACUUGAAGUUUUUGAGUGUGGUUUUUUCAUACUCAAACUUCUCAGGCUUUUGAAAUAUACUAAUUGCUGCUACAAAUUAUUCUUGUUGCAAAUAAGUUGUGAAGCCUAAGAACACAAUGUGAUUUAAAGAUAAGUGCAGUCAGUUGUUCUUUUGUUUAUUAAAUAUUUUAUGAAAAAAAUUAAAAGCAACAUUGUGUAUGUAUGUACAUCAUGAUGUCAUCAAUAAAUUGAUCAGAUGUGGUUACAGAAUCCAUCCCCCUUUGCACACAUGAAAGGAACUUAUUACUAAUUUACCUCUUUACACUCAUUCUAACUGACUGUUUAAAGGAAAGAAAUUUUAAAAUCAGGUUUGAAAUAUAAUUAUCAGUAUAGUAUUCUUAACUGAUUGAUGUCUAAUGGGAAAUAUGCCCCCAUGAGAAAUCCUUCACUGUACUGAUCUAGUCAAAUGUAUUGUGUAAACUGUGAUCGUCAUAAUUUGUAUUCUCACAUAUAUUUUUGAUGAUCUUAGAGUCUGUUUUUAAAGACAGUGUACUUGUUUGUACACUGUAUCUAUAACUAUGUAUUAAUGUGACUGGUGUCAAAACAUGAUAUGUAAAUUUGAUCAUGGCAACAAUAGUAUUUGGUAGUGAUAAAAUUAAAAGCCAAUCAUACAUGUUAUUCAACAGUACAGUAAAGUGAACAGUAAGAGAAAGCACAAGAUGUCAGUUCUUUAACUCAUUCAUUACUUCUCAACACAGACCCCGAUUCAAGAAAGCACCCUAUUCAGGAUAGCACUUAAGCACUUUCGGUUAAGCAAGUGUUUUCCUGAUUUACAGCCUAAAAGCUGGAGGACAAGCUAAUGACUUUUAUUACACUAAUCAUGGUAUUUCCUAAAUGGGACAGUGAUGUUAAUUAAGGCAGAAAUUAUAAAGGUCCAAAAUUCUUACCAUUUUAUUUUCUCAGGUGAAAGCAAAUAUUUACAUCUGAUUUAUGCCCAAAAGGGAAUUGGAAAGGAAUCACAGCAGAAGUGCCAGUACCUCUAGGCAACAACCAACAGUGCAGUUAAAAUGGAGACUACAAUGCCCACAAAAUAGACUGGGCCUGUGGUUAAACAGAGUAGCAUUCCCUCUAGCAUCUCCACCUUGAGACCAUCUUGAUUCUGCAACUCUCUCUCCAAUGAAGCUAAAAGUGAAAUAGCCAAAGUAAUUUUGUUUUGAGAGUAUCCUCACAGUCAAAUAGUUUUCACAGCUUAUAGUUGGUCACAUGCAGGAGAGCAUUAGUCGUGUCUGUCUCUGUGGUUUGAAAAUAAAAAUGACUUCCUUUUAUAGGAAUAUGGAUUUGGUGCACGUGAUUCAUUUGUGCCUUAACUAACGGUAGCAUUUUCUAAAGUGACUCUGUGUUGGCUGUUUCACUUGGUUCCCUUCUUAAGUUCCCUUUUCAAUAGGCUCUUCAAAUAUUUUUAUCUAUCAGCUGUAAACCUUUUUUUUAAACAUAAUCUAGAAUCAAUAAAGAUUGUUCAUGUCAAA